AUGAAUUUGUUGAUUGAUAGAAUGGAACACCCUGGGACGAGGAGGUCUUCGCCGUUUUGGACAGAUUCUAAGAGACCCACAAUUGGUGGAAAAAGUAAAAGAAUGCAAGAUACUUGCUCGAGAAGUGAUGUGCCCAUUAUAAGUGUUAAUGGGCGACCCGUUUCUGGACAUCCCCCAAGGGUUAGAGAGACUUCUUUGGUGAAUCUUUCCUCCAUGUUCCAGGAGGACAUCGGUAUGAUGAAUGAAAGUGAAGAUAAUGAAUCUAGUAAUAAUGCCAACGAGAGACAACUUUUGAAGAAGUUAGAUGAGUAUUCUUCAGCAUUUGGUGGCAAAUUUAGUGAUUUUGAAUUCGCUACUUCAGAUAACGACUGUACAUCAGAGCAAAAUACGGCUGGUAGUUCCACAUCUGGUUUAUCACCUCAUAAGACUAUAAAAUCAUCCCAUCGUAGAUCAAGUGUUCUGGGUCAUGACAAAAAACGAUUGGUACAUCAGUUUUUGAAUUCUACAGAUGAGCAGAUUUCAAAACGAAAUAAUAGUUGCCAUAUGGCUUUGUAUGAAGAUGAUUCCACCGGAAACAUUCCAGAAUUCAGUCAUAAAACAUCUUUCACGAGUCUCUUAUUCAGUGAUUUGAAUAAUACUUCGUCAUUUGCGAACUUGAGAUCCAGGACAAAUUCAAACUCGCCAAUGUCUAACUUUGAAUUCUCAUCAUCGGCGUCGUCAUUAUCAUUACUGGGUGAGCAUAAUGAGCACAAACCAAACCUAAGAAACAUCGAACAGGUUCCUAUUCCAAUAGGUCCCAGUACGCCUGGAGUGAACAAAGCUAGUUUUACAGGAUUUGAUAUCCAUUAUCAGACACAUUUGCCCGUCAUAUUAGAAAAAUUCGAAAACAUUUUACAAAAUGAUCUUACGGAAUUGGUAUUGAAAGAUGAAUCUGAUUUGGCCAUGAAGCUGGGGAAUUUUGACAAGGUAAGUUUUCAGCUAAAAGAAUUGCAAAGUGAGAUCAUCAAACUAAAAUCAACAGUUCAAGAUGAGUAUCUUGUGGAAUUAAAAUCAAAUUUCAACUCUCAAGAUGAAAUUUCCUUUGAAUUUAAGUUUCAAUGUCAGGUGAUGAAUUACGUAACCGACUUAGAGAAACUAGAGAAACGUAUGGAGAUUUGUCAGGCAAAACUAGGCAAGCAGAGAGAGAUUCUAAGACAAAUGGAUAAUUUGUUGCUAGUAGAAGAAGAAUUGAAAAAAUUGAAGCAAAACACUAAGGCAAUAUACAAGUACCGUUUUAUCCUUGUCGAUUUAGUCAUCUUUGGGCUAUUAUUCUACGUGCUGGCACUCAUAAAUACCUUUCUAACCGCAUAA